GCCACUACUGCUGCUGCUGGCCGCCGCGCGCUCAGUGAUUAUUCCGCUCUCGCUCAGCUGAGUGUCGGCAGCUUCAAAGCUCAGCAUCACUUUCUUUCCCGUCUCUUUCCCAGUCACCGCACUGCGAUUCCGCGAGGUGAGCUCCACAGCUCCACAGCUCGGCACCUGACUGACUGUGCGCACUAGCAAGCAGCCCGCCGGGACACCGAAACCGGUUAAAAAAAUAAAAAUAAAAAAAAAGGUGGGGUGUGGAGAGGGACGACAAAUGCUCGAGACCCGCGCCAGGUGGCCCCAGACCCGACGGGGAGGGAGACGAGCACAGCAGUGAUGGGACAGUUUUCCGGAGGAUGCUGCUGGAGUUUUUCCAUCCUCGUGCUCCUUGGUUUGCAAGUCCCGGCGACGUUAGCUCGAGGUCCCAGAGGUGAAGCCCUGCAACAUGGCCAGUCUGGGACCCUGCCGCGGUUCUUGGAGGAGCCCGUCGAUGCCUACAUCAUCAAGAGCAACCCCAUCAAGCUCAGGUGUCAGGCCCGGCCCGCGCUCCAAAUCUUCUUCAAGUGCAACGGUGAAUGGGUUCACCAGAGCCAGCACAUGUCCCAAGAGCACACUGACGUCGUGACAGGGCUGAAGAUCCGCGAAGUGAUGAUCAACGUGUCGCGUCAGCAGGUGGAGGACUUCCACGGCCCCGAGGACUACUGGUGUUUGUGCGUCGCCUGGAGUCACCUGGGGACCUCCAAGAGCCGCAAGGCAAGCGUCCGCAUCGCCUACCUGAGGAAGAACUUUGAGCAGGACCCCCAGGGCACCGAGGUGCCUCUGAACGGCAUGAUUGUUCUGCACUGUCGUCCCCCAGAGGGAGUGCCGGUGGCUGAGGUGGAAUGGCUGAAAAACGAGGAAUCUCUGAACGUUGGCGCCGACGGCGUGAUCAGUAAAAAGAGCGACCAUGAGCUGAUCGUCUCGGAGGCCCGCCUCUCUGACUCCGGCAACUACACCUGUGUUGCCAGCAACAUUGUGGCCAAGAGACGUAGUGCCACGGCUAUGGUUGUAGUCUACGUGAACGGAGGCUGGUCGUCGUGGAGCGACUGGUCGGCCUGUAACGUGCGCUGCGGGCGGGGCGUGCAGAAACGAUCGCGGACCUGCACCAACCCAGCGCCUCUGAAUGGCGGAGCUUUCUGCGAGGGCAUGUCAGUGCAGAAGAGCACGUGCAACACUGUGUGUCCAGUCGAUGGAGGCUGGGGGGAGUGGAGCGAGUGGUCUGUGUGUAGUUCCGACUGCGACAGGCAGCACGCCAGAGAGUGCACGGCUCCAGAGCCCAAACAUGGAGGACGGCUCUGCGACGGCGCGGCUUCGGCAGCAGAAAACUGCACGGGCGGCCUUUGCACACAGAAUCGGAAGUUGCUCCAUGACGCAAAGCCACAGGGAGUGGAAAGAACCAGUGAUGUGGCCCUGUACUCAGGCUUGGCUGCGGGAGUGGUGACCGUGGUGCUGCUGAUCGUCGCCGUCACUCUGUAUCGGCGGAGCCAAAGUGAGUACGGGGUCGAUGUCAUCGACUCCUCUGCCCUCACUGGGGGCUUCCAGUCUUUCAGCUUCAAGACGUCUCGUCAAGCAAACCCCCUGCUCAUGAACUCAUCCAUGCAGCCGGAUCUCACAGUGUCUCGUACAUAUACCAGCCCCAUAUGUUUCCAGGACUCCAUUGACAAGGAGUUAAUGGCCGAGCACUCACUCCUCGACCCGCUGCCAGAUCUGAAGGCGAAAGGGGCAACGGAAAGGGCAGAGUACCACGUCAUGUCCCACCCUCAGACAUUUCCACGGGGCUUGGCUCCAGACUACAGAGGGGUUGCAGUAGGGACAACGCUGGGCAGGAGAGGCAAAAACCUUUUCACUCCGCGGGUCUUUCAGACGCUCAGCAGGCCUCUACACAAAGCAACGGCGGUGUUUGGCCAUGCUGGAGGCAGGCUGGUGUUGCCCAACACAGGUAUCAGUCUGCUGGUGCCUCAUGGGGGGAUCGCGGAAGACACUACCUGGGAAAUGUACAUGAGCAUCAACCAGGAGGACAGCAGCACUGUGCCGGAGGACGGGGCAGAGAUCUUUUUGAGUCCUGCCGUCACAUACGGCCCGCCAGGCCUCGACCUGUCCUGUCCAAUAGCCAUGACUAUAGCACACUGUGCAGAAGUCGCUGCUGACAACUGGACCAUCAGGUUAAAAAGACAAAUCCAGGACAAGUGGGAGGAAGUGAUGUCAGUGGAUGAGGAGAGCACGUCCUGCUACUGUCUGCUGGAGGCUCAGACGUGCCAUGUGCUGUUGGAGCAGCCGGGUCGUUACGCGCUGGUGGGGGAGGCGCUGAACCAGGAGGCCGGCAAGCGACUGAGGCUAGCCGUCUUUGGCAGUCCAGACCUAAGCAACUCGCUGGGCUUCACCCUCAGGGUGUACUGUGUGGACGACACUCCCUACGCCUUUCAGGAGGUGGUGGUGGGGGAGCGCAGCAGGGGUGGACGGCUCCUCGAAGAACCUAAAAUUCUGCUGUUUAAGGGGAACACGUUCAGCCUCCAGGUGUCCAUCCAGGACGUCCCGCGGUUACUCUGGAGCAUCAAGCCUUUCACCACCUGCCAGGAGUUCUCCUUUUCUCAGGUGUGGGCCAGUAACCGGUGUCCCCUGCAGUGUGCCUUCUCUCUGGAGCGCUACAGCCUCUCCUCGUCUCAGCUAUCCUGCAAGAUCAGCGUGCGACAGGUCACAGGAGAGGAGCAGAUACUCCAGAUCUACACGUCUGUCGUGGAGAAUGAAAAAGGAGCGGUUCCCUUUUUCACGCAGUCCGACUGCACCAUCACCUCUCAGACAGGGUCAAAGGCCUUCAAAAUCCCCCCGUCCAUCCGUCAGCGGAUCAGCGCCACCUUUGACACGGCCAACGCCAACGGGAAGGACUGGCAGCUGCUGGCUCAGAAGCUCCACAUAGACAGGAACCUGGGCUACUUUGCAUGCCAGCAGAGCCCGUCGUCGGUGAUUCUGAGCCUGUGGGAAGCGCAGCACCAGGACCCCGGGGACCUGGACUCUCUGGCCAGUGCCCUUGAAGAAAUCGGAAAGGUCCAAUCCCCCCGGGAGGCCGGCGCUCUCGGCUGCAGCAAAGAAGACUCUGAGCUGACGAGACUCGGGUAGGGAAAAGGGUUUCUGGCGCAGUCCGAGUCCCGACAGACCUUUACUGCAUGAACGCCGACGAUUGGGUGUGCCGACGUACCCACCGAGAAGAGGAGACUGUUACUAAAGGAACACCUCUGCUAAACCAAAUGGUCCACACAAGACACGACAAAGUCGAGGACAGAUCAAGUGUUUGUGUUAUGAGAGGUACCGAUGGGUUUUGGGAAAGCUCGUCAGCGAGGUAAACCACCUGCGAUUGAGGAACGCCCAAAAAAAAAAGCUCCGGAGCUCAAUCCAGUCGCUCGUAGUUUCGUGUGAAGGAUUUCCUUCAACUAGGACAGAGUCUGUUUCAAACGCACCCUUUCCAGAACCAGACGUAAUCAAAUAAUCCAAGUGGCCAGAACAACAAAAAAAUAUCCUUACAGUAUUUUCUCAUUCAUUUUAUAGAUUUCUAAUGAAAUUUAUUUUCUUCAGUGUAAAUUCAAUGUCUCUGCAGUUUUGAUUUAAACACGAAGAAAGAUAUAAAGUUUUUUUUUUUUCCUCUCCAUUCCAUAAGGUCAGAGACACUGACGGUGAUUAGUAUCUAAAAGGAUACGCGUCCACUUGCUGAGAAGAUAAUGGAUGGAUGAAUCACGCUGAUAGCUGUAAUUUUAAGAAUGAGCCACAAGCAUGCAGGAGCAUUUUUCAAUCGGCGGCAGACGGAGAGAAAUAUCAAAGCAGAGACUGCAGAGGCGGAACGAGCUGAUCUGUGCCUCAUCUGGAAAAGCAGCCAGAGGUGAACCACUUACCUCCCCCAAAACCCACUACACACACACACAUACACACCCACACCAACCCACCCCACCCCAUGAGUUCAAGUAAUCAGCGUCUGGUUAAUUUGGAGGAAAUUUAAUGUGUGACAUGUGACUUCAUUCCACACAGCCUUCAUAUUUCUGGCACCAGUGAAGUGGGGUGUAUUUCCAAGAUCCCUGGGGAUUUUUCCUUCUCCUUCUUCUUCUCCUCCUUUAUGGUUGAAUUCAAAUUUGGUUUUUUGAUGUGCGGUCAGAGCGGAGUCUCCUGCAGCCGGAGUUUGUCCAUUACCACCGAAUCAUUGUCAACCUCACCAGCAACAAUCUUCUGUUGACUCAGCUUUAAAAAAAAAAAGAGAAAAAAAAAGCUCCCCGCAAUCAGUGGCUCCUUAGCUUAAUAAUAAAGUGACUUUGUGUUCAACUCGGUGUUGGGACUCGCUUUCCAUCUGUUUAACUCAUUUGCCUCUUACAGACCAGGCAGUUCACAUUACGGCGCGAUGAAGGAAUCUGGUGUUCAAAUAAAAGAUGAAACAGAGACUCCUGAUAUCCCCCCCAUCUAAUGAUUUUAUAUCGAAUUGGGUUAUAGAUUUGUGAAAAAAGUAAGAACGAAGUACAGAACCUGUUGGUGCUGUUGGUAAAAAAAAAAAAAAAAUGUGGAAGAAGCCUUAAAAUAAAUGCAACUUUUAUUUCAGUGCCAUAAUCUUAUGUUCAGAAUGUAAUUUGAGUGCAUUUAUUAUGGAGAAAUAAUAGUUUAAACAAGUUAUAGACAGCUAUGAUGCCAGUACUUGGUAUAAGCGCCUUUCAUAUGUUUCAUAAUGGUCAUAGAAUUAUUAUCCUUUAGAAUGACCAAAUGUUCAGUCAAUUUUCUACCCAGAAUCCACCUGGUUCACCCAAAGCAUCACAGAUCCUCCACCGUGCCUCAUGUUUGUGCUUCGUCUAGGCUGCAUCCAGGCGGAUUAUUUAAAGCAGAAAAGCUCCAUUUUUACCAAACAUGGUUCCAAUUAAAUACUCGACACACUUUAGUAAGCACAUGUUUAUGUUUGUGAUGGUCGGAUGGAAAUGUUUUUCUGUCUAAUGUGUCCAAUAGUUGCUACGGAGAUCCCAGGAGAUUCCUCUGUGCUGCAGUUCUCGUAACAAAAAGCUUCGGAGGGUUUUUUUGUUUUUCUUCAUUACUGUGUGUGGUAAUGAGAAAAUUAUUCUACAUAGAGGCCAGUGGCAAAAAAACACAGCCUCUGUGGCUCAUGGUGUUUAUACUUGGAGGCAGCAUGAAGUUAUGAAUUACUUAUUAAAAGUUCCCAGGCACAGUGGUCAGAUUAAAAAUAUAUUAUAACAUAAAAUAAGCAGAACAUUUUUAUUCAUCUUAUAGCAAAUGGUGAUUAUAUCAACGAUUAUGGCACUGGGGAUUUCUCUUUACAUUUUUUUGUUACUUUAUUAAAUAAAUGGGUGAAUUUUUCUAAAUUUAAGAUUUUGCCACUGCUAUGAAAAGUGAAUUUGCUUUCAGGCUUCUUUUUUUUUUUUUUUUAACCCAUCUUUACCAGGAAUGACACAAUGGGUUCUGGAGAGUCAGUAAUUGUGGAGAAAAUUGUCCUCACUAAAGUUAACUUGAAUAACUAGACAAGUGGAAAAGCAGUUUUUAAAAACUCUUAAAUCCCUCAACGAGGUCAAUCCUUUUCCACUCUUAGCUUUUGAGAAACAGCUAAAACUCUCAGGUAGCUAUUAGCUUACUUGCUUGUUUAUCUUGGGAUUUCUUCUCGCGAUAAGGUCGGAAACCUGGAAACCAGCAACCAAUAAUCUGACUGAUCCCAAAAGCUUAAAAAAAUGAUUCUUCAGAUCUUUUAAAACAGAGGAUUUCCUGAGAGCUCUUCUUGCGUUUGAGUGUGGAGUUGUGAACAGGACAGAUUCCUGGUCUGAAUUUGUCACGGCUCGUAGUCACAGAGGUAACGGAUGAAUGCAGAUUGAUGUGGUUCUUCUGGCUCGGCGGCAGGAACUUCUUGCUGAUUUGUGCGUUUAUGGAAAUAACUUGGAGAUAUUCAACCACACGAGUGUGCAUUUCAUUCAGCGACUGCUGAGACGGGGUUUCAGUCAGGACUGCGUGAUGAAAACGAUGCGGGCCUGCAGUUCUCUUCAGGCCAAAUGCACUCUGUACAACACCACAGAAUAAAGAGCUUAUGGCUUUAUUUUUCAUAAUCUCCUCUUCAUAUCACUAUGUAAAAAUAUAUAUAUAUAAGAUGUCACCUGGAAUUCAGCUCAGCUGUUGAAACAUGUCUCUAAUUGGACUCAAGUGGAUCUUAAAGCUCAACAGUUUUAUUAUCUGCUGAAGUUUAUGACGUACAGUGCCUUGAAAAGGAUUUAUAACCCAUAACCCUUUUUUUUUUUAAACAUUAAUGUUAUGUUACAACCAAUACUUUCAUGCUGGUUUAUUGGGAUUUUAGUGCAUAACUAUAUAAAAUCCCAAGAAAAUACCUUGAAGUUAGUGGUUAGUGCUUAAGAAAAUGUUUUCAAUGUUCUUAGAGUCCAGAUUGCUCCGUUAUACAUAGAUAUAUUUUAAUGGAUUCUAAACCAUACUACAGUACAAACCAAACAGUAUCUCCCCUUAUAGAGAAGUCAUUUCCGUUCCUUUAUGUUCGUGCUUUAUUGUUUUUCUGCUAUGUUGCGCUAGCUGCUCCAAGUGUGUCCUGAUUUGUGUUGCAUAAUAAGCUUCUGCCCUCAUACGUCCAGUGAAAGAAUCUUCAUGGCUUUCCUCAUCUAAAAAAAAAAAAAAUUCUAAU